ACUUAGCUAAAACCAAGAAAGGUCUUGUGUUUUCUUAAGGAUUUUUUUCCAAUACCUCGAUAUGCCUCCAAUAGAACUUCCAAGAUUAACAGGGUCAUUAAGAGCAUUCUCAGGGCUUUCCUCUCCGUUUUCACGUCUUCCAGAGAGUGAUGAUAUCUUGAAAAGAAAGCGGCAAUUAAGAUCAAAAAAUCAACUCGAAAAAACUUUAUCGUGGUCGGAAUUAAAAGGGUUAAUUUUAGAUGCGACGAGCUUCGAGAAGAAUGCUUCUCAAGAGGUGAAGACUCUCUUGAAGGAACUUGUUCUUACAUCUGCAGAAAUUGCUGGCAAGGAUUCAUCUGUAGAGAUUGUGGAAAGUGCAUCAGUAUUGAUUUUUACAACAUUUAAAGAAGUGACUCACAUUGGAAAGGAUGAAAGUGCAAAACUUAAGAGUUUUUUUGGAGCAUUUCCAGCAUCAGCAGCAACUAAGGCUUGUCACAUUACACAGAACAUCAUUUUACUUCUUCCUGAAGAUUGUGUGGCAGUUAUUAACAAGAGAAGUGAGGAAAAAUAUGAGGAAACUCCAAAAGAGUUUGGAAGUGAUAUUGAAUUUGCACCUUUUAAGACUAAGGUUGUUUCACCAGAUGAUGAGCUCUUUUCUGAUUCUGAGGAUGAAAAUGUCGAAAAUCAAAUGGAUUUUUGGAUUGCAAAAGAAGAAAAUAACCAUUCAAAGGAUGUGCCAAAGGAAGAAGUCAAUGGCAAUAGUGACUUUAAUGGUUCCUGGCUACACAAUCAGUGUGAACUCUACUUUGGAAACAACAGUAGUGGACUGUCAGUUUUGGACCUUUGUUCAGCACUUUUUGAUAUUCUCAGUUCUGCUAGAGAUAAUGCAGCUAUUCAAAAUGACUUGUUUGAGCUUCUUGGGUUUGAUCACUUUGAAUUCAUUCAAACCAUCCUUGCAAACAGAUACAAGAUAGUUGUGGCCACUUCUGAAAGUACCUCUGACUUGAGUGCAGCAAAUGAGACUGCUAGAGUGAAAACCACAGCUGGUCAGAGUAAGCCAACCUAUGGAUGUCAGGUUACUGUACAGUCACAGCAAGAGAAACAAUUGAUGCGUCAGGUGAGAAAGGAAGAGAGGAAGGAAGAACGCCGUCAAGCUCGCAGAGACAAAAAUGCAGAAGAGCAGGAUAUUGAUCAUGAGACAUAUCUCAAAGAAGUAGGCUUUGAUCCAGAGUUGAUGAGGGCUCAGAGAGAGUUAGCUCUUCAGGCAGCCAUCAGUGUACCGUUGUUGUCAAAACCAAAGAGGAACGUGCAGUCCAGCCAAGUCUAUCCAUAUGUGUUUGAUGCUUUGGCUGAAAGACAGCGAUCUACAGCUUUCAUUUCAGACACCAAGAUUACCCUGCCUGCUGAUGCAAAACGGAAAAACACAAAAAUCUGCGAGGAAGUUGUAAUACCUCCAAACACUCCUUUACCGCCAAAAGAAGAAACUCCUAUUUCAAUUUCAUCUUUAGAUGAGAUUGGCCAAAUGGGAUUCCAAGGAGUAAAGCGCCUGAACAGGAUCCAGUCGAUUGUAUUUGAUGCAGCAUACAACACGAAUGAGAACUUGUUGAUCAGUGCUCCAACAGGCGCAGGAAAAACAAACAUUGCUAUGUUGACAAUCUUGAGAGAAAUUAAACAGAACAUCGUGGCAGGAGUCAUCAAAAAAGACAAGUUCAAGAUCAUUUACGUGGCUCCAAUGAAGGCUCUAGCGGCUGAAAUGGUUCAAAACUUUGGCAAGCGGCUGGCUUCCUUGGGAAUCACGGUCCGUGAACUUACUGGAGAUAUGCAACUCACAAAAUCGGAAAUCCUCAAGACGCAAAUGCUGGUCACCACGCCAGAAAAGUGGGACGUGGUCACUCGCAAGAGCACUGGGGACGUGGCUCUUGCUCAGCAGGUGAAGUUGCUGAUCAUCGAUGAAGUUCAUCUUCUGCACGAUGACAGAGGUUCAGUUAUUGAAUGCUUAGUGGCCAGAACUCUUCGUCAAGUUGAGUCGUCACAGAGCAUGAUCCGAAUCGUCGGCUUAUCAGCAACACUUCCUAAUUACAUUGAUGUGGCCCACUUCUUGCGGGUCAACCCUUUCGAGGGUCUGUUUUUCUUUGACGGGCGUUUUCGUCCAGUUCCGCUCGGGCAAACUUUCAUUGGGAUUAAGGCCGCGGGUUACGUCAAACGGCAACACGACAUGGAUACAGUUUGUUAUGAUAAAGUGCUGGAAAAUGUUGACAAAGGACACCAGGUUAUGGUUUUCGUGCAUGCCCGGAACGCUACCGUCAAGACAGCGCUGACGUUACGAGAGAUGGCAGCCAAUCAGGGAGAUUCUGCUUUGUUCCAUGCUCCACAAGGGCCUGAGUACGGACAAGCUGAAAAACAGGUGAUGAAAUCGCGUAACAAGCAGCUACGAGAGUUGUUUCCAGAUGGGUUUAGUAUCCAUCAUGCUGGAAUGUUGAGACAGGACCGCACCAUGGUGGAACAAUUGUUUGCUCGUGGUUUGAUUCGUGUUCUGGUUUGUACGGCUACGUUAGCCUGGGGAGUUAACCUGCCUGCUCAUGCUGUAAUUAUUAAGGGCACGCAAGUAUAUGACGCAAAGAAAGGCUCGUUUGUUGAUAUCGGCAUACUAGACGUGCUGCAGAUCUUUGGGCGGGCGGGCCGUCCACAAUUUGAUAAUCAAGGCGAGGGAAUCAUCAUCACAGCACAUGACAAACUCAGUCAUUAUCUUUCACUUCUAACAAGACAGUCACCGAUUGAGAGUCAAUUCAUUUCGAGCCUGACUGAUAGUUUAAAUGCUGAGAUUGCUCUUGGCACAGUGGGCACUGUGGAUGAAGCUGUUGAAUGGCUGAGCUACACGUACCUAUACAUUCGAAUGCGCGUCAAUCCACUGGUUUAUGGCAUCGCGUAUGGAACAAAAGAGGAUGACCCACUCCUCCUCGAACAUCGCAGAGAGCUGAUUGUGAAUGCAGCGCGUCAUUUAGACAAAGCAAAGAUGAUAAGAUUUGACCCGCGAACAGGAUAUCUGAACUCCACGGACCUCGGAAGAACUGCUAGUCAUUUCUACAUCAAGUACGACACAAUAGAGGUAUUCAAUGAGAUGUUCAAGGCGCACAUGCCCGAACCCGAGGUGCUCUCUAUGAUGUCUCACUCACAAGAAUUCGAACAAGUCAAGGUUCGUGAAGAUGAAAUAUCAGAACUGGAAUUUCAUUUGAGUGAGCACUGUCCUUUGCCUGUAAAAGGAGGUGUGGAAAAUAAUUACGGCAAGAUAAACAUCCUGUUGCAGACUUUUAUCUCCAAGGGAUUUGUUGAUACCUUCUCACUUGUCUCUGAUCUGGCUUACGUUGCACAGAAUGCCGCGCGUCUUAUGCGGGGUCUGUUUGAAAUUGCCCUUAACCGAGGAUGGCCUACCAUGGCUUACAGACUGUUAGGUCUUUGUAAAAUGCUUGACAAGAGACAGUGGGUAUUUGAAAAUCCUUUGCGUCAGUUCACUAUUUUAAAACAAGAAACACUGGUCAAACUGGAGGAGAGAAAGGCCACUGUUGAUCGACUCAGAGACAUGACUGCGGAUGAAAUUGGUCACAUGAUCAGACACCCACGCAUGGGGAGUGCCGUCAAGAGUUGUGUGGAACAAAUUCCUGCAAUAUCACUGGCUACCAGCAUCCAGCCGAUCACGAGGACAGUUCUUCGGGUGCGCGUGACUAUCAAGCCGGAGUUUCGCUGGAAUGACAAAGUGCAUGGCUCCACGUCAGAACCGUGGUGGAUCUGGGUCGAGGAUCCGGACAAUAACCACAUUUAUCACUCGGAGUACUUUUUACUGCACAAGAAACAGGUGUUAGCUGACGAAGAACAAACCUUGGUGUUCACCAUUCCGAUCUUCGAGCCGCUACCUUCUCAGUAUUUAGUGCGAGGAGUGUCAGAUCGCUGGCUUGGCUCUGAAGUGGUUUGUGCUCUGUCUUUCAAACAUCUCAUUUUACCAGAAAAGCACCCGCCUCACACUGAACUACUGGAUUUACAACCUCUGCCGCUGACCGCCCUGAAAUGCAAAGAAUAUGAAGCGCUGUAUCGGUUCACUCACUUCAAUCCAGUCCAGACACAAGUAUUUCAUACAGUAUACCACACGGAUCAUAAUGUAUUACUUGGAGCACCCACAGGGUCCGGGAAGACACUGGUUGCUGAGCUUGCCAUAUUUCGUAUCUUUAAUGUGCAUCCCGGAACUAAAGCUGUUUACAUUGCUCCCUUGAAAGCCCUGGUCCGUGAAAGAAUGGAAGAUUGGAAAAUACGUUUUCAGGAGAAACUUGGUAGAAGUGUUGUGGAGUUAACUGGAGACGUUACUCCAGACAUGCGCGCUAUAGCCAAGGCUGACGUCAUUGUCACCACCCCAGAAAAGUGGGACGGUAUCAGCCGAAGCUGGCAGACUCGUAACUACGUGCAGUCGGUGUCUUUGUUAGUGAUUGAUGAGAUCCAUCUGUUGGGUGAAGAGAGAGGUCCUGUCUUGGAGGUUAUUGUAUCGCGGACGAAUUUUAUCUCCUCGCACACAGAGAAGACUGUUCGUGUGAUUGGUUUAUCGACUGCUUUAGCCAAUGCUUCGGAUCUUGCGGACUGGUUGGGAAUAGAACAGGCCGGUAUGUUCAACUUCCGGCCUUCAGUGCGCCCUGUUCCCCUGGAGGUGCACAUAUCUGGGUAUCCCGGAAAGCAUUACUGUCCGCGCAUGGCAACUAUGAACAAGCCCACCUUUAACGCUAUUAAAACACACUCGCCCACCAAACCCGUGCUGGUGUUUGUUUCUUCAAGACGACAGACCCGCCUCACGGCUUUAGAGCUGAUUUCUUUCUUAGCAGCCGAAGACAAUCCCAAACAGUGGAUGCAAAUGCCGGAAGCUGAGAUGGACUCUUUGAUCCAAACAGUGAAGGACAAUAACCUCAAACUGACGUUGUCGUUUGGUAUUGCGCUGCAUCACGCGGGUUUACACGAGAGGGACAGGAAGAUAGCGGAAGAGCUGUUUGUGAAUCAAAAGAUUCAGAUUUUAAUUGCGACAAGCACGUUAGCCUGGGGCGUAAACUUCCCGGCUCAUUUAGUGGUUGUAAAAGGUACGGAGUACUAUGAUGGGAAGACCCGGAGGUAUGUGGAUUUUCCCAUCACAGACGUGCUUCAAAUGAUGGGGCGCGCAGGGAGACCGCAAUACGACGAGAAUGGAGUGGCUGUGAUCCUUGUCCACGACAUCAAGAAACACUUUUACAAAAAGUUCCUGUACGAGCCUUUUCCAGUCGAGUCAAGUUUGCUAGAAGUACUUCCAGAUCACUUGAAUGCUGAAAUUGUGGCGGGCACAAUCACUUCUAAACAAGACGCCAUGGAUUACCUUACUUGGACGUACUUCUUUCGACGACUGCUGAUGAAUCCAAGUUACUAUGAUCUGGAAAACAUUGACAAUGACUCUGUGAAUAAGUUUCUCUCUGCUUUGGUUGAGGGUGCUGUGAGAGAAGUUGAGAAUUCUGCGUGCGUGGAGAUUGGCGAGGACGGUCUGGCGAUAACCCCAACGAACCUUGGCAGAAUUUCUUCUUACUACUAUCUAAACCACUUAACACUGCGCAUGUUCCAUGAACGGUUAGACGCUGACUGCAGUCUCCCGGACCUCAUCGAGAUUUUAGCGGAUGCCGAAGAAUACACUCAGCUUCCGGUUCGUCACAAUGAAGACAUCAUCAACAGCGACCUCGCCCCCAGUCUUCCCUUAGAAGUGGACCCUCACACUUUCGACAGUCCUCACACCAAGGCACAUCUGCUCUUUCAAGCGCAUUUCACUCGCCUACCACUGCCCAGUACUGACUACUUGACAGACACAAAUUCAGUCCUCGAUCAGGCUAUACGAAUCUUGCAAGCAAUGAUCGACGUAUCUUCCGCCGAGGGUUGGUUGGCAACAGCUCUACGAUGCAUGCACCUGGUACAGAUGGUGGUUCAAGGACGAUGGCUUCAUGAUUGCACUCUUCUCACUUUACCGUGUGUUGACACUGCUCUCUUGUCACUUUUCCGAAUUAACGGCCGUUCAUUAGAAUGCCUCCCUGAGCUGUUAGACGCCGUGAGAGGCGACAGGAAAGUCCUGAAUACAAUGUUAGGAGAUGCUCUGAGUCCGGGUGAAAUAACAGAGAUUUUUGACACGUUGGGUCGGCUGCCCCAAAUCAGUGUAAAGAUUAAAGUGCGUGGAGUCUGGGCUGAGAACGAGCGGGGUGCAAAGGAGAGUAAGCCCAUCAGUACCACACCGACCGAAGGGUUAGCGAGAGACUGGGUACCAUUACAUGCAGAGCAGGAAUACGUGUUGAUACUUGAUAUCACCAAGGAGUUGUGCGGUUUUAGGCGGUCCAAUACAAAGGCGCACGCUCCACAUUUCCCUAAAGGCAAAGACGUUGGUUGGUGGGUGGUGCUCGGCGAGAUGGACACGGGCGAGUUGUUGGCCGUGAUAAGAGUGAGUCAGGUGCGCUCUUCAAGCACGGUGUCCUUAUCGUUUUACACGCCUGAGGACCUGGGUAGGAGAAUCUAUACUGUGUUUCUCAUCAGUGAUGCUUACCUUGGAAUUGACCAGCAGUAUGAUGUUUCUCUUGAGAUUAUUCAAUCAGAUGUUUCAAGUCACGUGAUCACUGAAGUUAACUUCAGUGACUAGUUAAUCGUAUGAUUAUGUUGUCACGCGCAAUGUUCGAGGAAACUGCGUGACAUUUACUAAGUCUGGUGAACUUGUUAAGAAACUGAGAAAGAUCACGCACCGGAAUCGGAGUAAAGAUACUUCUCCUCGGUAAUGACAAAAGUUAAAGUGAAAGUUUCAAGUCAUUGCAAUGCAAAUUAAUUUUCAGGAGAGUAAAGACUGUCUAAGAUUGCGGUUUUUCCACACACACUGACUUGUGAUAAAUCUAACAUGUAAUGUCCAGUAAGAUAUCCGAGAGGUCUACAUUUGUGGCGAACUAGCAAGCUAAACUUUAAUUUUUAUUUUAUUUUUUCUUCGUUUUUAGCUUAUUCUUUAAUUGAGCGAACUUAUUUUGGGUUCCCGAGCACCUUCUUGUCAGUAAGCGCUACGUUUUCUCGUGGUACAUAUUUCUUCUGUGUGAAACCUCGAAUAUCUUUCUUCUUCUUCUUCUCGCAAAAAGAAGACCGUGGUCUUUAAUUUGUGAAAGCACUUGGCUUUCUGUCUACCAUUGUCCUUGUGUAAAACUUUGAGCAUCUUUCUCUUAUAGAGGACUCCCCACAUCUUAACCAAAGCCUGAGCCUACGUGCUGCAUUGUGUUAGAAAAAAUCGAUUAAAAUUGCGCUAAUCUAUUCGGUGUUGUUUCCGUCAGCCUACCGAUACUGCGAAAUUCCAGACUAAAAUUUAAAUUAUCUCAAUAUUUUACUUACAUUGCUAUCAACCAAUAUCAUUAAAACGUGGUAUUGAUAGGUAAGUCAUGUAAUGAUCAAUCAAAUUUAUAGAGGAUAUACAAAAACUUACGAAAGAUUUUAUAACACCUUUGCAAGAAAAAUCAAUAAAGACUUUGUUUUUGUUACAAGAGA